AUGCAUAAACCAGAUGAGGAGUUCAUCAAUCAGUUUAGGGAGAGGUUUGGGGACCUUCUCUUGAGCUUCCAGGGUGAAAGAAGGAUGAAAAUUGCUCAUGUUGACGCGAGAGAUCCAACUUUACCUGUGAGCUAUCCCAAAGGAGAUGAGCUUACUCAUGGUAUAUGGAUAAACGAGGCGAAUGAUGCUCGAGCAUUGAAACUAGAGAGCGGUUCUAUAGACCCCCACAAUCUUAAUGCAUCUGAUUGGUUCUCUCCGAUGGUUAGUACCAUCAAGCACGAGACAUUCGAUGAUUUCAAUUUACUAGGGUCGGGCGCGGUCUUUCACAACAAGGCCGGAGACCUUCACUCUCCAAUGGUACGGUGGAACUCAAAUAUUUCACCCCUUUUCGAUGAAUCAGUCCAAAGCGUUCCACAGAUUUCUUGGAAUGGGCCCGACUGCUUCACUCCGCUAGCUGAGUCUCAACGUUGGCUAUGGGACCAUCCGUGUUUUGGACAGGAGGAUGAUAUGUCGAGGACUCCUAUGCACCACGAUACUGGAUACGCCACUUUAGAUGGAGCCGAUCAGGGUACCCUAGCUGAUGGUCUCAGUGAACUAUCAGACUCAAAGUUCGACUUGGCCAGAUCCGAGGCACACGUGAACGAACAGUGGCUGUAUAGUGACAAAGAAAAAUUCCGUUACCAUGUGACGCUGCAAGCCCCAACGGCAAUUCUCUGGGAUACCAAUGAAAAUCCUGUGACGUACCUUAAUAAAGGUCAAACAUACACCCUUACAGUGGCAGAUUCUACUCCGCCCACAAACAAGGUCGGAAUUCUCGAAUAUAGAACAUUCGUGCAUGUGGCUUUCGAAGGAGAAGAUCAGAGAUCGAAUCCGGUCGAGUCUUGGCAGCUAUGGAAAGAAGGCCGAGGCUUGAAAGAAGCCCGUGAGCGUAAUGGCAAGGUUCUAGCUGUCGAGUAUGUCGAUUCUUCCGAGGGUGACGUAGGAAAUCAGGGUUACCACCAGAUACGGCUUGAAGAAGCUUUUGUUGACGGAUUUUGCGUCACCUGGACGGCUGAUUCAAGCGCGAAUGUCCAUGAGGCAGCGAUUUCGCUCAAAUUCAACUUUUUAUCAACCGAUUUCAGCCGCUCAAAGGGAGUCAAAGGGGUACCGGUCAGGCUAUGUGCAAAAACGGAAUUAUCACGGUCCGUCAACGACAUAAAGACAUUUGUGGAUGAGCCAGAAAUGUCCUACUGUGUGGUGAAGCUCUUUCGGGACCACGGUGCCGAACGCAAAUCAUUGAAUGACAAAACAUAUGUUACGAAAAGAAUUGAGAAGCUCAAGAAACAAAUCAUCGACAGAGGACCAAGUUCGCACUUUGAUACAUCAAAUCGCGACGACUGCCUGACGAACGGUGGACAAUUCGAUAUCCGGCAUCAGAAGAAGCGAAAACGAUCGAUGAGUUCGCACAAAAGCCCCAUGUCAGACAGAGACCUUCACAACCAGUUGGCUGCGAUGACUGACGUCCUUUCAUCAACACGUCCAGUGAGUGGUUUCCGUCUUCGUGGUAAUGAGAGAGACGAUCCGGAUCUAUAUCCUGUCUGUCCAUCAAGCACAUUUUCGGCAGCUGGAGUCUUGGACAGUCAAGACAUAUAUGGUUCAAACUCGACCUUAGAUUUAGCGGCUCAAUUGUCAGAAAAGGCCAACCUACAAUCCGACCUUCAUGCCCUUGACUAUCAAGAACGUCCGCCCAAAAUGCCGAAAACCUCAGUCAAGCCUUCCCGACUUUGCUUUUCACCUGCAAAGCACUCCCCCGAGCCUAUCGCAUGUUUUUACGUCCAAUUCGCGCAAAACGGGGAGAUGCCCCAGGACACACAUUACGCAAUAUACCUAACGGCUCGUACUUCUCAAAAUCUGAAAGCCAAGCUUGCAGAGAAACUGCAACUCGACCUGAAUCUUAUCUCCCGUAUUUUUUGGGUUAACAAUAAAGGUUUGAAGGUCGUGGUGGAUGACGAUAUGGUCCAGCAUCUUCCAGAGGCGCAGAGUAUGGUUGCAGAAGUCUGUGAUUUCUCGUCCACAGGAAAGGUUUGCUCGAACGCAAAGUGCUCUGAGGUGGAAGUAAAGCUUGUGUUCUAG